UUUUCACUGGCUCGCGGCCGGCGCCGGCGCGCCGCCGUGCCCCUCCCCUCCUCCCCCCAUGGAAGCCGCCAACCACUGUCUCCGCCCUCUGCUGUCUCCCUGCCCUCUCCUUCCCGUCUCCCUCUCCCUCCCCGCAGCACCUACUCCCCGCCACCUCCGCCGCACGCGCGCUCCCUUUGCCUCAUGUCGCCCGCCACCGCCAUCUCCCCCUCCUCCUCUCCCCAAGAAAGGCGUCUCCGGCGCCAGCCACGAGGCUGCGGAGGAGGACGGAGCGGUGGUGGAUAAAGACGCCGAGGCGGAGGAGCAGCUGGAGUUCGGGGACGGGGAGUACACGUCGAGCGUGGGCGCUAGCUUCAGCCUUCCAGCACGCCUCCGCGCGGCGCCGGGCGGCGACCCGGUGUUCUUCCUCCUCGCCGCUGUGGCCGUCACGACGUGCGUGGCGUUCACGGGGAUGGUGGUCGUGGCGAUUCCGACGAUGCUGGCUAUGAGGAGAGCCGCGAAUUCAUUUUCUAUGCUGGCUGACGCAGCUCUAGAGGAGUUACCAAGUACCAUGGCUGCUGUAAGGCUCUCUGGCAUGGAAAUCAGUGAUCUCACCCUUGAACUUAGUGACUUGAGUCAUGAGAUAGCAGGUGGUGUCCACAAGUCUGCCAAGGUUGCUCAAGCAGUGGAGGCUGGCAUUGGACAGAUGCAGAACAUAGCUCGACAGCAGGCAAAAUCAAUGGUAGAAGAGCGAGCAAACUUGCGGACUAUCCCCACCGUAGGGCAAGGUAAGGAGUCCCAUGGAUCAUCUAGUCAGCAUCGCCAAUGACAUAACAGCCCAGAUUUCUAAUUAUAGCAUAUGUAUGGUUUUUUCUCUCUGUAGCCUUCCGUUAAAGUAUUGGGUAGUAUUUGCCUGAAUUGAGGGAAUGGAUUUGGAUUGCCCAAAGUCCAGUUGUACUUUUUCCUCUUUGUACUCAUUGGACUCUUAAGUCCACAGUAAAUCUGGAUUUCGAUUCAUAGGUAGGCCAAACUUUGGAUGAAUACGAGAUGCAGUCCAAAAUAUUUUUUUUGUUAGCUUUAAGUA